AAUGCUUCUGCAUCCAGUCAGGCCGACCUUUGCUCAUCACCUUCAGCCCAUUUAUCUAAUUGGCAAGCAGACCAACUACGUCAACUAACAACGGAUGUGGCUCUGCAUUCGUUCGGCUUAGGAGAGCCUCAUCAGGACCUGUCAGAAAUUACUCUUUCCACCAAUUUAGCAGAGGAUAUAGCAGCUGAAGAGACUGAUCUCGGAGAAAGCCUUUUUAAUAUGGGUCUGAAUACCAGGGGAAAUGGGUAUGGUGAGGAAGAGGUGGAUCUGCCUAACCCAAUUUGGGCCAAACGGCAUCAUUUGAACAACCUUCCUUUGCAGCAGCAACAUCAGACUAAUAUGUCGAUGCUUCCUUCUGGCCCUGGCCCCCCAGGUCCUGAUUAUGUGCCUACUGGCCUUGUGAACAUACCUACAAUCAAUAGCCGUGAUUGGCUUAUUCUGGAAUCCAGGGAACGUCGGUAUGCCGCGGAGCUACUUCUUAUGUUUGGUCUCUUUGCGGGAGUCUCUCUUUUUGUUCUUUUCUUCACUGUCUUCUCCAGCUCUGUGCGCCAAGAGACUGUCGAAUAG